GCGCACGCCAUGACGUCACGCCGAAGCGCUGCGUGCGCGCUCCCGUGUUGACUCUCAGUAGAAAAUGGCGAGUUGGAGCGCGAGUGAGAGGUUUAUUAUUCGCCGCGACGCGGACAGAUGGAGGUCUGAACUCAUCCACAGCGUGGGUCUUGACAAUAUCUUGGAAGUGUUUCUUGAAACACAAGUUCUGGAGGAUCUCGGGCUUUUAAAAGAUUGUAAGCCUGCAAGUGUGUCAAAUUGGUCAUUUGAUGAAAAUUGUCUUUUCUGCUGCUUAAGACGAGAAAAAGUGAAGGAACAUGUAGUUGCACUCAACAAACAAAUUGUGGAAAGUGGAGGAAAACCUUUACUAGGUAAAGAUCCUUCUAAUAUCAGCAGACUUGAGUGGCAAUCAGAGGAAUUCCUGAAUGCAGUGUUGCACAGGAAAGAAUACGCGCCAAGAAUUCCUGAUCCACACAUCCCUGUGGUGGCUUGUGGUGUCUUGCAGCAGAUGAUUAAUAAGUUAGCUUCAUAUUAUACCUCAAGAAACAACUGCUCUCAGGACUCCCUUCAGAACAAUGGAAAAAAAGACCAAAGCCUUCUGAAAACUAGCUGUAUCACUUCAUCCACUGCUGUCAAAAUAGACUCCGUUGCUUCUGCUCAGAAAAAGUUCGUCAUGGUGGACCAAGAUGCCCCGCUGGACCUUUCUCUGAGAAAGAUCAAAGUGGAGGACUUUGAGCAAGAUGGAGUUCUUGAUCUUUCGACUAAGAAGAAUUUUAACAAAGGCCAUACAUCUUUAAGGAAUUCUCAUGUCAGCCCAGCUACACAUUUGGUCAAAAGGGACUCCAUCGACCUGAGUCUUGCUCAAGUAAAAGAUCUACAGUCUGUGAACACUUUGGAACUGUUCAUGUCAAAGCUGUGUUUGCACCACCAGCACCAAAUAGUUGAUGCAUUAGGCUUCUUACAAAGCGAAGUCAAGACUGUGGCUGCUUCCAACCAUUUCCAAGCACCCACUCCAGAUUUGUCUGAGAAGCAGGCAACAACCAGCUGCAGUUAUGCAUCGUGUGAAACCAGCUCUGAGAUUCAGCGGUCUGAGAGAACAUGCUCCGUGGAUGCUGCUGUGAGCAUUUGUAAGACUCAAGAGUCAUCUGUUGUCACAAACAGUCAAAAGCCUACUGCAGAGGUGUUAAAGGCUGAUGUUUCCAGUGUUGCACGGGUAAUGACUGAAAAACAAGUUGACCUUGGCAAAAUGGAAGUUUUGUCAACUUCAUCUUGUGGAACAGGUGUUGAGUGUGGAAAUAUAAGUUCUGCAACAGAAUUGUUUGUCAUGACAAAGACAAUGACUGAUAAUCUGGGAGCAAAAAAAGUGUUAGGUUCAAGCAUUCAGCAAAUUCCAAGUAGCAGUUCUGUAAAGAAGUGUCUAUGCAGUGCGGAGCGAUGCUUGCCAACUUGUACUGUGGCGUCUGAUCAUGCAGAUUUGUUGAAAUGCACACAGAAGUGCUUUGCACAAAACGAAGAUGCUGUUGUAAAACCUUCCACAAUUCAAAAGACAUCAAAUGUUGUUGUACCAAUAUCUCCAAGAACAGCCAGGAAAAGCAGAAAAAGUUCUUGCCUUGUACAAAGGAAUAGCUCUUUAAGUUGUCUCAUAAAUGAUCCGGAUAGCCAUUGUGACAUAGUUUAUAUCAGAAAAUCAAUUACAGAAUGUCAGCCUCAAUCUCGUAAUCGACUGCAUCCACGACAAAAUGCCCGAAAGAGUACAAGGGGGCACAAAUAUGUGGAGGAGUACUUGGAACUAAAAACAGUCCGUACCUUAGCUCGUAAAUCGAUAGGCAAUUCUAGUGGGAAUUGUCCAGCUCAUAUGCCAGACGUGCACGCCUCAGUGACUCCGAAGCAGGUCCUUUCUAAGUCUGGCAGUGUACCUCUAGUAAACACACCUUUUGCAGGGGAUUGCAUGAAAAAUGUUAUUCCAAAAUUACCAUCGGAGCAGAUAGCGGAGAAUGAAAUGCCAGAUGUCGUAAAAGUAACAAGUCUGGGUCUGAUGGUUGAAACCAGUCAGACAGGUAAAAUUGAAAGUAAUGGCCAAAUAUUCAAUGAACUGUCAGGUAAUCGGAGUGAAUUAACCAUGCAACCAGAUUUGAUCUCAGAGAAACGCAUGGACACUGUAGAAGAAAGCACAGAAACAACAGAACUCACUGUACAAAAAGACGGAUGUGACUCCCAAAUUGGGCCCAUGCCAGAAGAGGUGGUAUGUGGUACAGAAAGAAAGGCUGAGUGUGAGGAUAAAUCAUUGGAGCCAUCACUGAUCCAUGUGUCCCCUAACAUGGCCAAAGAGUGUUGUACUGAUGAAGUCGACAUAGAACCGAGAAAUGAAAGGGAAAUAAAAAAAAACACGGAAAUCGAGACUGCAGCAGAUGUCCAGGAACAAUCCGAGGCAUCAGAAAUAAAAGCAAACACUGAGGAGGAUAGAGGUGCUCAGGAACAAGUUGUACAUGACAAAGCAAAUUCUUCAGAACUACCAGUGAAGAAUCAAGGGGAUUCAGCGGUGUCCAGCCUGACUGAAGUCUCUACUGUACAACCACUUGUAAAAUGUAAAGAGAAGGAUGUGGAUCUGCAUACUUCAAAAGUUUUGAAUGCAAAACAUGCAGUGUCCUCAGACAGAUGCUUGCGUAGUAGAAGUAAAGGCAGCGUUGACGUAACAAAAGACUCUAUGAAGUGUGGUGCUUCUGAACUUGUUGAUCAUGCCAAUGAUAAAAGCCCAAAGACUCAUUCUACUGAAUCAAACGUGCAUACUAAGCAGGAGCCUGAUUUGAAUGCUGUCGACAUUCUUGAAACGGCACCGGAGGUCCCGGCUGCCAAACCUUGUAAUAGUCUGGUUGUGGAUCAUGCAGUCAAAACAAGACCAAAAUCAAGAACCGCAACCGCUGUUGGGAGAGAUGAGCAUCCGAGUCCAGGCGUCAAAGUGAAUAAUGAUUUGCCAAGUGUUUUGUCACCUGAGGUUCUCCCAGAGACUGUAAGCACCACCUCCUCCCCAGAGAGUGGAAAGCACGACAAACUGAACAAUCAAACCUCUGAAAGCACUGAAAAAAUGCCACUUAGAAAUAAAAGUAGUCCCGUUGAGCUGUCUGUUAGCGGGCCCUGUUCACCCAUCAAAAAGUCCCCACCAAGCUCUGAAAGUAUGCUUUUGAGAAGCAGAAGUAACACUGAAGGGCCUUUAAGUAGCAAGUCGAUCAGUCCGACAGAAGGCCGUUCAGAGAAGCAAGGGCAAAUGCCUUUAAGAAAUAGCAGCUCUGUUAGUGAGCAGGCAUCUAAUAGAGAUUUGUGUACAUCUUCCGAGGCAGUAACGCAUAUGCCUCUACGAAGCAGAACUGUUAACUCAAUUAAACCGACUGUUACUAAAGAUUCUCCUGUUAAAAGUUCCAGUAAACAUUUCAUCAGUGAACAACCUGUCAGUUCGCACUCCAGUACUACCUGUAGAAAAAACGAGGCCAAUGGGCACAUGCCCUUAAGAAGCAGUGCCAGUUUAAUUACAGAACAGCCCCGUAAUAAUAAAUCUGCUAUCGUAGAUGCAUCAGAAAGCCCUGGACGCAUGUCGUUGAGAAGAGGGAAUGUAGCUAAUACUGAAAAUUCCUGUGGCUCAACAACAAACCCUAGUAGAAAUAAACGUCCUCUGAGACCACAAAGGGUUUCAGCAUCAAGUGGGGAAGCUGAAGAAAGCCCCUUGAGUUCAAAACGUAAAAUCCAAAAUCAGAAGCAUGUGGAGGCGCAAAUAAGAGGCUUACUGAAAUUGCCAGAUGAGUCCUUCCGCAUAGCUAGUCUUCAGAUGACCGAACCUGUUGUUUGCAGUCCCCCAAAAUUUCUGGAGGCGCUAAGGGGGGAAGAACACCAGCAGUUGAUUUCCAAUUUAAAUUCAAAGUUUGAUAAAAUGCACAAAAGUUGGGUUCCAAUGGACAAGGAGGGUCAGCCUGCACCAAAACCCAAAAACAAGGCAGAUAGGCUUAAAGAAAUCUGGAAAAGCAAACGCAGAGUACGAAAGUCAAGGCCAUUGGAACAACAAAAGUUAUCCGCUGUGCAAAUGCUAUUCAUGAAGCCCUUUGACUUGUCCAGUAUCUGCAGGUGGUUCCUGCAGUCAACUGAAACAAAAUCACUUGUAAUUGUUAAGAAGGUGAACACCAGACUUCCUUCUGAAACACAGUUGUGCUUUCACACUUCGGCAGCAGGAGCAGGGUCCUCUCACGAGAUAUUUCCCAGCCUCCAGGCCGAACGGUUGAAGAAGCACCUGAAAAAGUUUGCUAUUGCAUCACCGCUGAAGAACAACCCCAAGAAUCAAAGGCUACUCUCCAAAGCUUUAGGUCAGGGUAUUUUUGCGAUGAGAAGUAAAGAAAAGCACGAACCGACGACUGCCACACGAAUCUGUACAAAGGCACAGAGUCUUGCUGGAGUGACGCUGGCACAGGCUCCCGAGAGCUUUGCCCCGACCGCAGGCAGUGCGAAAAAUCCAGCGAGUGCUAGAAUUCUCCGGAAAUACUCCAACAUGCGUGAGAAGCUUCAGGUUCAGCAAAACAAGAAACGCAAAGAGAAAACUUUCAAAGGUGCUCGUUUGAAGGCGGCAAUAAUUCCAAAGAAAGCCAACGAACAAAAACUGCCGACACGUAAAGGGUCAAAGUCUGUGGUUGUUCAGAGGAUCUCAUCUCUGACCAAGACGGCAAAAACGAACUCUGCCCUCAAACAACGGGUUUCGAAAAGGAACCAAUGUCACAAAGACCGUACCUCUCCAAAGAGGUCGCAGGCACUCACAAGAACGGCGAAAGCCAUCGGUGAGAAUGCCUCAACAAACACCUCGAAUAAAAAACAGAUACUGAUCAAAACCGGAACUGAUAAGGCACAGCAAACAAAAGCAAGUCUGACUAAAGUUGACACAAAGAAACCGGUGUUCCAAAAAGGCCCUAAUAAUUUAGAGCCGCAAUCUUUAGAUGUGGACGUUAAACCUCUGAUGUUGGAAGACCAAGUGUUAACUAGGUCACAAAGAAAGAUGGAAGGCCCCCCUUCACAGACUGCCUCUCCCAAAUCCUCCACAAAGCGAGGCUUGGAACCUCUGGUCACUACCACAAAACGUACUAGGACCUCAAAACCAUAAACAAUGUGUACAGGUGUACUAGAAACUCUUGUAGAAAUGUUUCAUAAGAACAAGGGGUGCUGGUGCUUUUCAGAAGAUUAUUUUUGAAGCUUGGCAGUACAUUUUCAGAACGUUGAAUUUGUCAUCGGAGAGAGAUUUGUCUUAGUUUGGGCAAAGAAAUUUUCCAGUGUUCAUUCUUUUUAAGUGUCAAACUUUUUCCAAUUAUGCUUAAAGAAACCUAUUUGUUUGUUAUGAAAAAAAAUAACUUUUUUUUUUUUCUUGAUAGAGCCAUUAUUGUAAAAAGAAGUCAAGAAAUAAAGGUUCUGAUUCCCAUUAAUGGGGCAUUUUAAAUAUGGGUUAUAAAUAACCCAAUAACUCGCUUGUUUGUUUGACCGUUACAUUGCAUAGCUUAUUAUUACAACAGCUUGGACUAUUAAGCCAGAUAUUAUUUAAGGAAUGAUCCACAAUUCUAAAACAAUUAAUAAUUUUAGCUAAUUGAAGUGGCGUCGUAACCUGAAUAAUGUGCCUUUUUCUUAUCUGUAUUUAUAAGUGAUUGAGGUUGCCUCAAUAAAGCCUCAUUCUUUUUGCACAUAGAUGAGAAAUUUGUCCCAAACUUCAUAAGAUCGCAUCUUUUUCCCUUUCACUCUUAAUUCUACUCCGUUUUGUCUUUUACAGCACUGACGUUUAAGUAUGUAGUAGUUCAUAUUUUCAGUCUACCGUUAUAGAGUUUUGUUCCUCCUUUUAGAGGGUGACAUACAUAGGAACAUACUGUAUGCACAAGUUUCUAUCACUUCGGUUUAGAAUGAUUUUAUGGUCUCAAAUAUUCAGUGUUUUUAAUAUGUUUUUAAUAUAUGUAUACAACAGGAAAUACAUUUACGUAGAGUGAAUCAUUCAUAAUUCACAAUUUAAGUGUUUUUGUUGUUGUUUUUGCCUUUUCAGAUGAAAAUGUUAGGGAAGGACGAUUUGGGAUGAUAUCCAUUCAGACUCGGUCAGUGUGGUAGUUACCUACAUUUGCAUCGUUCUCAUCAUUGUAACUUGCAUCAUUCUGAUCUAACCGCGGGAAAAUGAGGCGCUGUUGCGUGCUCUACAGGCUCAAGCGAUUGCUUAUGAACUAAUGUUGAUGAAUUAUGACAAUGUUUAUUAUACGAUAUUUAUAUGGUGAUAUGUUUUAGACGGUUGUAAGAAUGCAUAUUUUAUUUCCCUCAUGAUCUGAACUUGCACAGUCAACAAUGCAGACAUUUCAAAA